AUGGCGGACGUUGGACCUUUGAAGGGAAAACCAAUCGAGACGGUAAAAUUGAGCUAUUCGCGUUGUUUUCCAGGAGGUAUAUCAUGGUCUCUAGACGACAGACUAUCUGUGGUUACUGAUCAAGGUGUUUACGUUCUGACACUUGUUUCGUCUAUUCGCCCUGGAUUGAAUCUCGAGAAGACGUUUAUACCCAACCACAGUGUGCCGUGGACAAUGGAUGUUGGUAUGAACCGUAAAAAGGUCAUUGACGAUAGAUGUUCUGAUUUCGACUGGUGUUUGGAUCCUCAGCUUAAUAAAGCACUGUUUGAAUCGAUAAGCUUUGAAAAAGUCGCCUGGUCUCCGCUGAACUGUGACAACAAUGGCCGCUGUGUUGUUGCAACGCUUUCCUCAGAUCAUCAGCUUUGUAUUCAUUUGCCUCCCAUGUUGGGCUUUAAGUGGAAAGAAGUUGUCAAUUUAUCACAAGCUCUUCGUUCUCACGUUGCGGCUAACAACUUUAAGAUUCAUCAAAAUGUCAUGCAGACACAACAGGAGAAACCCAGUCAGCCAAAGCAUGUGUUCAGCAACAGUGAAUCUGUCAAGACGUUCAACGAGCGAACACAAUUGCUUUCAACGACUUGUUUACACUGGUUUUCUGAAAUUUACCAUCACAACAGAAAUUCAAUGACAGAUGAAUCAGGAACCUCUGGGAGUGACAGUAGAUUUGCAGUGUUGGCGACCGGAAACCAGAGUGGUCACGUGAUCUUUUGGAAAGCAGCGCUACCCAUUACAAUGAACUCAACAAGUGUUGAGCUUGAAGGAUUUCUUGACACUCAUCAGUCCUGGCCUUGCUCUUUGUCCUGGCAGAGCAUCACAAACACUCAUGGGCUAUUGGCCGUGGGCAGUAUUGAUGGAUUUGUGAAGGUCUUUAGUAUUGCUGUGUUGCCGUCUAUUACUGGUUUAGCGGAUUAUGUGUUCUGGGGAGACAGAGAUGAGAUGCAGAUCCAAUGGAUGGAGUGGAUGCCCUCUCCGCAGGCCAAUACUGGUUAUCGGCUUGUUGUCUCUAAAGGAUCCUCAGUCAUAAUAUUUUCAUUUUCUGUAAAAGGCACUGUUCUGAGUCAAAAGCCCACCUACAAAAUAAUAACAGAAGUGCACAGGUUACCCAUCACAGGACUGGCUUGUGCACGGGGUGGGACUGUCUUUUCGUGCAGCCUUGAUGGAUCAGUGCAAAUGUUGACAAGCGACAAGACCCCUCCAAGAUCUAUUGAUUACAAUGCCAAGAAACGUUUUUUGUGUAAUGGCAUUGGAGUGUCUGCAAAUGCCGUCUUCAUUGCUCUAUUCCUGUUCCCUUCCAAUUACACAUCACAGUCUCUAGAAUCUCAUCAAACUCAGAUCCUGUUCAUAAACAUCUCUGAUGGAUCAUCAGCAGUUGACCAGUUUCUGAGCAAUGAAAGUGUUAACGUGGAGAACAAAUGGGAUGUUUGCAAAGCUAUGCAACUUUUUGUCAGCCAAAGCAAACACCUGACAUUAGCCUUCUUUACAGAUCCUUCCAACUAUUCUUAUGGUUUACUAAUACUUCGACAAUAUGUUCUCUCUCUGGUGGCCUUGAUGUUUUCCGAGGGUGAAGGCAAUGAUAAUACUAACUAUUCAGUUCAGCUUGAAUACACAGUAAGAUACAUGUACAAAUGCUUGGGUACAGCAACAUUGACAAAGUGGAUUGAAGGAAGAGCAUCAGAAACUGUCAAUCAGUCAGACUGUUUGACAGCCCUGUUAAUCAGCGACUGGCUGGUAAUGAAUUUCAAUGAUCCUCCUGUACUUGAGUUGGUGACCAACGUUUACCGUAUGUGUGGUGACGCUGAAGGCUUGAAAGCCACUUCAGGACUUCAGGUGCAAAGUAAGAGAAAUGGUGAAGAUCUUUUGCAUGCAAAGAAUGCCAAUGACCCCCAAGAGCAAAACAUUGCCCUGCAGAACAGCACUGAAGCUGAUGAUGGAAGAGGAGCUGCAGCUCAACCGAUGGAAGCAAACCCUGGUCCUUCCUUGACCCCUACGUUGGCAGGAGGAUUGAAAGACCAGAUCAGUUUGCCAGCAAGGGAGAAAUGCCCGAUCUGUGAGAGUGACAUUCCUAUGGAGAACAUGGAGUACGGAACUUGUAGAAAUGGACACAAGUGGCAGCGGUGUUGCGCAAAAUUCACUGUUUGUUCUGAACUCUUUCAUAAGCGUUGUCAGGACUGUAGUCGAUGUGUUUCAAUGCCACACCCUGAGCUAUCUCCAUGGAUGUGUGGCCUCUUAGAGGCAAUAACCAAGUGUCCUUUUUGUUUCGGCUUCUUUAGUACCUUGUCUUAA